CCGAAGAAGAAAAAGCAAGGCGCACAUGAUAAACGUAGUAGUUCGAUGGUAAUACGGUAAUGUGUGGCUAGAAAUUAUAUCCACGUGAUGAUAUGUAUUUAACACAAGAAUGAACGUUGCUUAACAUUUUUGAUUUCAUUAACGUGCACUUUACCUCAGUAAAGUAUCAGGAAGUUACGAUAAGUUAAAAUGUCUGAUUCCAAGAAAAGGAGCAGAAAACGGUAUGGGAACUAUAAAAACAAGAAGUACAAAGGGUCCCGAGAGCUGGAAGUGGGUAUGCAAGGGAUCCUGAUUACCUGCAACAUAAAUGAAAGGAAAUGUAUCUCGGAAGCAUUCAGCCUUCUCAACGAAUAUGCUGAUCAGUUAUACGGACCAGAGAAGUUUUCGGAUUCUGAAGAGGGUGACAGUGAUGUGGAGAGCGAUGAAGAUGAUGCAGAGGCAGCUCUGAAGAAAGAGGUGACCAAGAUUUGCACAUCUACGCAAAAGAGGGAGAGGCGAUUCCAGGCACUGGACAGUGGAGCCAAGAACGUGGUCUUUAUUAGGACACAACACUUGGACCCCGCCCACCUGGUGCACCACAUUUUGCAAGACCUGCACACAACAAAGAAAAAGAAAUCCCGAGUGAUCCUGCGGAUGCUGCCUGUGAGUGGCACCUGCAAGGCCUAUCUGGAAGACAUGGAGAAGUAUCUCAGCAGCUUCCUGGAACCGUGGUUCAAGGCGCCCAACCAGGGCACCUAUCAGAUCUCCUUCAAGGCUCGCAAUAGCAGCCACAACAGCAGGGAGGAUAUCAUCAAGGCUUUGGCGGGCGUCGUCGGGACACUGAAUCCAAAGAAUAAGGUGGAUCUCACCAACCCCGAAUACACAGUCAUCGUCGAGGUGAUUAAAAGCGUGAGCUGCGUGAGCGUGGUGAAGGACUACAUGCUGUUCAGGAAGUUCAACCUGCAGGAAGUCGUGAAGCCGGACCAAGAGCGAAAGCUUUCUGGGCCGCCGGACGGCGCGCGGCAGAACCCCGGCGGACGCGUGGCGGAGGAUGUGAAGACGGGGGCUGCGGGUGAAGAUCAGGACAAACAACUGGAGCUGGGGGAAGAAAAAGAAGCAGAAAAGGCGGCACCAAUGAAGGAUGAAAGCGGGGGGGGUAAUGGCGAAGGCCCGGGGCAGCAGUGAACGACGUUAGACAUCGCCUUUGGUAUAACGUUAACAGGAUCGUUCAGGGGGGACGCUUCUGCUUCUUAAUGACUUUUUAUUGCAAUUCUUUCGAGUUACUGGUUAACAUAUUUACACCCAUAGCUUUCCAGAGUUGUAUUCAGGCUAUAAAAGGAAAAGGUUUUUAAAACUUUGUAUAAAUGCUUUGUAUAAAAGGGUGGUUUAUUUUAUGUAAAGCUACAUGCUUAAAUGUAGUAUGAAAGCUAGUAUUACUUACUUUAAGCCAGGAUACUUCAUUUUGAUAUCACCCUACUCCCCCUGUCAGUACAUGUAGUUCUUGGCAGGGCUUCAUACUAAAUCUUUCAACAUUUAUUUGGUUUUAAUUAAACAGAGAAAAACUACAUCACCUGAGUGAGACGACUUAGUGCCGUGCCAGUGGAGUCAAUGGUCAUAUGUGCUACACACAUGGGUCUAAUUCUAAGAAAUUAGCUACUGGAAAGUGUCUUGCACUCAAUGCAAUGGACAGCAUGUUCCAGUCUCAGUGGCAGUAAUCUCAUUCAGCCAUCAUGCAUUUGGUUGAUACAUUUAAAAAGCUGUGGAAUUUAUUUAGUAUUCAGUCUGCAUCAGAAUUAGGUGCUUGUAUGACUUUGGAUUUCCUGGGUAGCUUCAUACCCUGGAGAGGUGGUGGUGUGUGAUUCUGUCCACAAGUAUACGGCAUUACCCCUGACCUUAACUCUUACCCCGAUAGUAACCCUAACUCUUUGCUUAGCUGAGGUCCUAGCUAAGCAAACCAGUAGAUAAAUACAUACAACUGGCAAAUAUGUGAAUUAAUAUAUUUUAAUAUGUGUGGCAUAUGGCUGAAUAAUCAAAUGGAAACUUGCUUUUGUUUAGCUUUUCAUUUUAGUAUAUGAUACAAAGUGUCUGCUAAUCUAGCAAGGAAUAAUAUUAAUGUUUUGUAGUUUAAUAUUUCAUUAUUUGGGAAAUCAAGGAGUGCCCCCACAAGUGUCUGAGCCCCUGAACCUGAAAGUCUUCCCCUUUGUCCCCCUUAUGGGCGGAUCUGCUCCGGCCACUAGUCCAGUACACCGUCGCAGGGUAAUUGUAAGACUUUAUAGGAGUCUAAAAUUCCCUUAUACCACAAGAUGGCGCCAUUUCUACGAAAUUAAAUGCGUUGACGGAAAACAGCGUCUUACGCAGACAUUCACCUAGUAAUCUACUGCCUUUUGAAAAUAACUCAUGAAUGGUCUGCUGAGGUAUUUAUAUGGUAGAACAAAAACGUACGGUUAGCUUAUAUAUCUGCAUAUAUUUGUGAUACAUGUUUCGCUAGCGAAAUGUGUAAUUUCUGCAUUGUGAUUAAAAAAGGUCUAAUAGA